AUGGCGGCUCUAGACCAAGAUAGAACGGCCCUCCAGAAAGUAAAGAAAUCUGUAAAGGCGAUAUACAAUUCCGGUCAAGAUCAUGUACAAAAUGAAGAAAACUAUGCACAAGUCCUUGAUAAGUUUGGGAGUAAUUUUUUAAGUCGUGACAACCCAGACCUCGGUACUGCUUUUGUCAAGUUCUCCACGCUUACGAAGGAACUGUCCACACUGCUGAAAAAUCUGCUCCAGGGUCUGAGCCACAAUGUGAUCUUCACCUUGGAUUCCUUGUUAAAAGGAGACUUAAAAGGAGUCAAAGGGGAUCUCAAGAAGCCAUUUGACAAAGCAUGGAAGGAUUAUGAGACAAAGUUCACAAAAAUCGAGAAGGAGAAGAGGGAGCAUGCGAAGCAGCACGGCAUGAUCCGCACCGAAAUCACAGGUGCAGAGAUAGCGGAGGAGAUGGAGAAGGAGCGCCGCCUCUUCCAGCUGCAGAUGUGCGAAUAUCUCAUUAAAGUCAAUGAAAUCAAGACCAAAAAGGGUGUGGAUCUGCUGCAGAACCUAAUCAAGUAUUACCAUGCACAGUGCAAUUUCUUCCAGGAUGGUUUGAAAACAGCUGAUAAAUUGAAACAGUACAUUGAAAAACUGGCUGCUGAUUUGUAUAAUAUCAAACAGACCCAGGAUGAGGAAAAGAAACAGCUCACUGCACUCCGAGACUUAAUAAAAUCCUCUCUCCAACUUGAUCAGAAAGAAUCUAGGAGAGACUCCCAGAGCCGGCAAGGAGGGUACAGCAUGCACCAGCUGCAGGGCAACAAGGAAUACGGCAGUGAGAAGAGGGGCUACCUGCUCAAGAAAAGCGACGGGCUCCGGAAGGUGUGGCAGAGGAGGAAGUGCGCUGUCAAGAACGGGAUUCUGACCAUCUCACACGCCACAUCCAACAGGCAGCCAGCUAAACUGAACCUGCUCACCUGCCAGGUGAAACCCAACGCCGAGGACAAGAAGUCUUUUGACCUGAUAUCACAUAAUAGGACAUACCACUUUCAGGCGGAAGAUGAGCAGGAUUACGUUGCGUGGAUAUCAGUGCUGACCAACAGCAAAGAGGAGGCAUUGACCAUGGCCUUCCGCGGCGAGCAGAGCACAGGGGAGAACAGCCUGGAAGAUCUGACGAAAGCCAUCAUCGAGGACGUGCAGCGGGUCCCUGGCAAUGACGUCUGCUGCGACUGCGGUUCGUCAGAACCUACCUGGCUUUCAACCAACUUGGGCAUUUUGACCUGUAUAGAAUGUUCCGGCAUCCAUAGGGAAAUGGGGGUUCAUAUCUCUCGCAUUCAGUCUUUGGAACUAGACAAAUUAGGAACUUCUGAACUCUUGCUGGCCAAGAAUGUAGGAAACAAUAGUUUUAAUGAUAUUAUGGAAGCCAACUUACCCAGCCCCUCAUCAAAACCCACGCCUUCAAGUGAUAUGACCGCUCGGAAAGAAUACAUCACUGCCAAGUAUGUCGACCACCGGUUCUCCAGGAAGACCUGCUCCUCCUCUUCGGCGAAGCUGAGCCAGCUGCUGGAGGCCGUCAAGGCCCGGGACUUGCUGGCACUGAUUCAAGUCUAUGCAGAAGGGGUGGAGCUCAUGGAGCCGCUGCUGGACCCGGGGCAGGAGUUAGGGGAAACGGCUCUUCACCUGGCAGUGCGGACUGCAGACCACACCUCUCUGCACCUGGUGGACUUCCUCGUACAAAACUGUGGGAACCUGGACAAGCAAACGGCCCUGGGCAACAGCGUCCUGCAUUACUGCAGCCUGUACGGGAAGCCUGAGUGCCUGAAGCUGCUGCUUAGGAGCAAGCCCACCGUGGACGCAGUCAACCAGGCUGGAGAAACUGCCUUGGACAUAGCCAAGAGGCUGAAGGCCACGCAGUGUGAAGACCUGCUCUCCCAGGCCAAGUGCGGGAAGUUCAACCCCCACGUCCACGUGGAGUACGAGUGGAACCUGCGCCAGGAGGAGAUGGACGAGAGCGACGAUGACCUGGACGACAAGCCGAGCCCCAUCAAGAAGGAGCGCUCCCCGCGGCCCCAGAGCUUCUGCCACUCGUCGAGCAUCUCCCCGCAGGACAAGCUGUCCCUGCCGGGCUUCGGCACGCCAAGGGACAAGCAGCGGCUCUCCUACGGCGCCUUCACCAACCAGAUCUUCGCCUCCACAAGCACGGACUCACCCACGUCGCCAACCUCAGAGGCACCUCCACUGCCUCCGAGAAACGCAGGCAAAGAAUGUAGAAAGCUCUUUUGGAGCCUUUCGGGACCAACAGGUCCAACCGGCCCACCUUCAACACUCCCUCUAAGCUCCCAGACCUCUAGUGGCAGCUCCACCCUGUCCAAGAAGAGGCCUCCUCCCCCACCACCCGGACACAAGAGAACCCUGUCUGACCCUCCCAGCCCACUACCUCACGGGCCCCCAAACAAAGGCGCAGUUCCUUGGGGGAACGAUGUGGGACCAUCAUCUUCCACCAAAAUGGCAAACAAGUUUGAGGGACUAUCUCAGCAGUCCAGCACGAGUUCUGCGAAGACUGCCCUCGGUCCCAGAGUUCUUCCUAAACUACCUCAGAAAGUGGCUCUAAGGAAGACAGAGACCAGCCAUCAUCUCUCCUUAGACAAGGCCAGCAUCCCACCCGAAAUCUUCCAGAAACCAUCCCAAUUGACAGAGUUGCCACAGAAGCCCCCGCCGGGAGACCUGCCCCCAAAGCCCACUGAACUGGCCCCCAAGCCCCAGAUUGGAGAUUUGCCACCUAGGCCAGGAGAACUGCCCCCCAAGCCACAGCUGGGUGACCUGCCACCAAAACCCCAGCUCUCAGACUUGCCUCCCAAGCCACAGAUGAAGGACCUGCCCCCAAAGCCCCCGCUUGCGGACCUGCUGGCAAAAUCCCAGGGUGGCGAGGUCUCGCCCAAGGCCCAGCAGCCCUCAGAUGCCCCUGCGAAGGCCCACCCCGUGGACCUCUCCCCAAACAUGCAGCCCAGAGACGCUCUCCAGAAGCAGGCAUCGGAGGACUCCAACGACCCAGCACCCACUCUGCCGGAGACACCCGUCCCACUGCCCAGGAAGAUCAACACGGUGAGAGAGCCCCAAGGCCGGGCGCUGGGGACGUUGGUGGGAGAGCAGAUCAAGGUGGCCAGAAAAGGCAAGAACUGGCUCACAGAAGUAACUUGGCUUGCUCCUGUGUGGUGACGCGGGGGCUAGAGGGGACCUGGCUUCAGGGUAUAGCCUUGGCUGCUCUAAAACCUAGUUUCCCUCCUGUUCAGAGAGGAGCUAACGUGGAAACAAGGCCACUUGCCGUGUGAUUGCUUCGCACACCCAGGAAACAGUCCCAUCGUGGGGCCGAGGGGGUUGUGAAGAGCCACAUGGUGUGUGCACAGUGCUGUGCGAGAGCACGGGACGUGGCAUGCAUGCGUGGUGGGCACUGGCGCAGUUAGGCCUUUAUCUCCCUUGAGGAGGGAGCUGCCCUGAGUCAGAGUGUCUUCCCCUGACCCCCUCCCAGGCUCUCAGCCGGCCUCCUAAAGGAACUGGGGGCAGAGCUGAAAAACAUGCCCACACACAGAAUGUCAUGAAGCUCACGUGUCCAUCAUUUCAUGACAUGCUUGGAACUCCACAACAUGUGUGUUUGUUUGAGGCGCACUUGCUUGUCUGUCACCAAAGACCCCCAAGUACAUUUCCAUUUCACUUCACCCCUUCGUAACGAUCAGAGUCUCCCCUUUCCCCCAAGCCCGUGGGAAGUCGGUGCUGCCUGACCUAGGGAGCACCGGCGCCGCCCAGGCACUCACGCCUGCUGCAUAUAAGUGUUCCAAAGGGUGACGCUCUGGAUGGAUGUGCCGCUGCGCGCAGGACCGGCCCUGUCAGGUUUGGCAGUUUGUGUAAAAGAAGACAGCGGGCUUGUCCCUUCAGAGUGGCUGUAACGCCACCCUCUCUGAUAGCACCCAGGGGCGCUCACAGUCUGCACUGCCCAGGGACACCAUCUGAGGGGUGGGCGUCACAGAUGAAACCCUCUCCUCCUAUAGGUGUGCCUAGGCUUGCUGUGUAGACCCUGGUGACGGCACCAACGUGGCCACCCCGGCCUGCCAUAUGCAGCCGGUGCCACAGGCUCCCCCAGGGC